AUGACCAUGGACUCAAUUCUUCCACACGACCACACGGCUGGACUCUGUGAAUGUCCCAACUGUCACAACAUGAUCCCGGUUUCAGGACCUGCGGUUUCUGGAUGUGCCCCAGGACAUUUAUACAUACAUUGCAUUGGGUGUAAUUAUCACUACACCUUCCCGAAGCGUUGCCAAUGCGUCUCCCACCGCUCGCCGGCCCUUACCAUUUCUGCAGGCUCAAGCUCACAGAAACAUGUCGUCCGUCAUCCGUCACCUACACCCCUCUCGGCCGCCGUAGGAAGAAUUCCCUGUCCAACGAGGGAUUGCACGAAGAGCGUCAAUGUGCUCUGUGUGAAUAAGUCCUGCAAAAACUGUUGCAUAGGCAAAGGCGGCUGCAAAAUUACUUCCCAUCGCUUGGACAAGAUGUCCAAACGUGAGAAGAAGAAACGCGCACUCGUGGACCCUUUCCCGCACCGUUCUUAUUCUCUUCGACCGCCAUCACCUCUCAUUCCCCUCAAUCAUCCGCCGUUAACGUUGUCUCCCCAACUCAACCUCAACUUCGAUGCAGAGGAUUUUAAUUGGCCUUCAGCUGUGGUGACAAUGGAGAGACAACGCUUGGAGAUAGAAGUGGAAAAGGCUGCUGAGGAAAGGCGCGAGAAGGAGUUGGAGGACCAGGAGGAGAUGGAAUACCAAGCGGCUCUUGCUGCAUCCAUGGCCUCCCCCGCAUACACCCCCAAUCCGUCACCACUUCCACCCCCAGUGGCAUUGGACUCACCUGUUCAACACGAUUCCCCUCUUCAACAGUCGGUGCCACCAUCUGAUAGUUCUGACCACCGUAGUCCGCCUCAGCAAGCUGAUCUUGCCCUUUCCCCAACACCCUCCUCUUGGCAGCCGCAAGGAGCUGCGACCACAAUCAAUGCUCUCAGUCCAAAAGCGGCCUCAUCUCGGCGGUUGCGCACUGUCAUGUCUGUCACUACAAUGCGCCAGGAACCGGCGAGAACCACUCAUCUCGAUGCACGAUGGAUGCGAGCACAUGAGGACCGAACCAAGCAGCCGCUUCCAAAGAGGGGGCAAUCUCAGGUUGACUUCGACCUGUCCCGUAAAUUCAGGAUCACCUUCUGGGACAAGGCUGAUGAAGAACCAACGACGUUUCCAGUUCUCCACUGUCCCGCCUGGCCAAAGUGGGUCCUUGCCGAAUCACCAACCAUCCUCCAACAGCUCUGCGCUCCGCCACUCGACUUCUAUGAUCCCAAGGAUUGCCUGUGGAUUCACGCUGACCUCUCGUACCCUCACGAAGUUUCGAAAGAUGGCUACCUCUUCUAUCGUCGAAGAGGGAUCCAUUGUAAGAACUUCGAGGAGUACAUUGACCGGCUGUCCAAAAAGCCACCCCAUCAUCGUACGAACAUGAGAGGGGAGAGGGAGAGUGUGAGGGAGGGAAAGAAGGUGAAAUUGAAGCAGCAGGCUCCUCCAUCCGUCAAGGGUGAUGACUCCGAAGUGGAGUUUGUUGACUCGACGACGAUGGUUAAGCAAGAAACGGCAGGACCACUUAACUCAAAGCGACGCCGAUCCCCUUCUUUUCCUGUACCGAGUCCGAAGCGUGUCUGA